CUCUCUCUCUCUCCUCGAGCAGAAGGCGCAUCCUAUAGGCUAAUCAGGUGGUACUUUCAGUCCAGCCUCGGUAUCCUCCUCCUGCACAGUCGGUGUGCGCGAGGUGUUUUUGUUUGUCCGCUACCAUGGUGGGAAAUACGGAUAUCGUGUGCCUUCUCGUCCCGCUGGUGAUGCUGGCGGGGUCAACCCUCCAGACCGAAGUGAAGAGCGUCAAAGAGGCGGAAAAGACGGGGAAUUUCAUGGAAGACGAGCAGUGGCUGUCCACCAUUUCACAGUACAGCCGCAAGAUCAAGCACUGGAAUCGCUUCAGAGAUGAUGACUACGUGCGUACCUGGGAUGAAAAUCAAGGUUCUAAUGACAAUGUAGACACCACCAAGGACCCUUGUCAAAAGGUUAAGUGCAGCCGACACAAGGUGUGUAUCGCCCAGGGCUACCAGAGAGCUGUGUGCGUCAACCGCAAGAAACUUGAACACAGGCUGAAGCAGCCCGCUCUCAGGUCUCCUGAUGGAAACUGUCACCCCUGUCCCAUCUCCUCCACUGGGCCUGUGUGUGGAUCUGAUGGACACAACUAUGCCUCAAAGUGCAAGCUGGAGCAGCAGGCGUGUCUUACGGGGAAGGAUCUUACCCUGAAGUGUUCUGGUCUCUGUCCUUGUCCAACUACUGCUCCUACAACCAAGGAGAGUAAACAUGAGGGCUGCACCGGGCAGGAUCUGGCUGAUCUCGGGGAGCGUCUGAGGGACUGGUUCCAGCUACUGCAGAGUAAUGCCAAGCAGAACAACAACAGCAAGCCCGGGGCCAAAGCCACUGCAGUCAGCACCACAUCAGUGCUGGACAGGAGCCUGGUGGCCAGCUGUAAGGACUCCAUAGGCUGGAUGUUCUCCAAGCUGGACACCAAUAGCGACCUGUACCUGGAUCAGGCCGAGCUGGCUGCCAUCAACCUAGACAAGUAUGAGGUCUGCAUUCGGCCCUUCUUCAACUCCUGCGAUUCCUACAGGGACGGCAAGGUCUCCACUGCCGAAUGGUGCCUCUGCUUCUGGAGAGAGAAACCCCCCUGCCUUGCUGAACUCGAGAGGAUCCAAGUAUUAGACGGCGGGAAGAGGAAGUUUGGUCGAUUCAUUCCUAGCUGUGACGAAGACGGCUUCUACAGGAAGCAGCAGUGUGACAGGGGGGAGUGUUGGUGUGUCAACCAAAACGGAGGAGAAGUGGCCGGAUCGAGGAUUCGUGGCAAGCCAGAUUGCGAUUACGAAAUGGCAUAUUCAGGUGAUUUUGGAAGUGGGGUUGGAUGGGAAGACGAGGAGGAGAAAGAAGCCGAGGAGACUGCAGAGGAGGCUGAAGAAGAGGAGGUGGGAGAGGUGGAUGACGGGGGAUAUAUCUGGUAAACGGGCCAACCAAUCUCUAAAGGAGCAUCUCAGUGGUCCCAAACUUACACACACACACUUAUACACACAAAUCCUGCAAAGAGAUGGACGGGAUCAAGCGCUCACACUCAGAACAACACUGGAUUAUAAAAAAAAGCAAAGGGGGGGAAAGUGGCACAGGUUGGGAGGGUGAAGAUACAGAUGCUAUGGAAGUAAUUCUUGUUACAGGAUGAUAAAGAGCAAGGGAGGGGUGGGGGGGAUCACAGUUAAGAAAUUAUGGGUCUGGUGUCAUGAAUUUUGUCCUUCAUACUUGUGAAUCUUUGUUCUCUUCUGUUGUCUGUCCUUUAAACUAUCUUUGAGCAGUUUUUAGCUGAUGCAUAAUGGAGACUUUAAGAAGCUGCAGGUGCUUUGCAUUAAAAAGAAUAAAAUAAACAAAGCGAGAUCGGGUGCACUUCAGUAGUCCAAAUUGGCCUCUUUCAUCGAUCAUGUUUGCAGAUUAACAACAUUUAGAUAACCAGUUUUGCUUUAACCUCCUAGGACCUGGCGUCCACAUAUGUGGACAUCACAUUUUAGACCCUAAUUAUUUAGACCAAAAUACUCAAUUUUGCUCUACAAGGGCCUGAUAUCCACUUAUGAGGACAUUAUACUGCUACUGUUCUAUUGAAAUUUUAUAUUAAUAUCCUCAUAUGUGGCUCUCAUUUUUCUUAGAAACAAAAAUUAGGUAAAAAAAAAAAAUCUGGCAAUUCUUUGUUUUUACAUUAAUCGGGUCCCAAUCAGCCCAAAUAUCAAAGAGAAAUUAAAAAUGCAUGCCGUGGAAGAGUUCGGGUCUUAGGAGGUUAAGGCAGAAAUCUGGCAAAAAAAAAAAAGAAAAGAAAAGAGAAAAAGCCACAUUAGAAUAUUGAAAAGCACCUUUUGACCAUUUUCAUCUCUUAUGCUUCAGCUCUUAUGUGACAGUAGUGCUCUGUCUCAUUCAUGACUUAAGAAAAGGUUUCUCAUGCGUCACUCUUUAGCUUGUAUAUAUUGUGUGUAUCAGAAGGCAGAAUGUCACCUAUUAGUCCUGUAAUCAAUGCCUUGAAAGACUAGCAGAACAUGCUGCUUAGUUGACAAGUGUACAUCGUAUCAUAGUGUGGAUUGGUUAUUGUGUUUAAUAAAAAAAUGGAAUAAAAUAAACGUAUCUAUGUGGCUCCAGU